GUAAACUUAACCUAAUUAGAAAUUGGCAUAUAAAAGAGGCCGUUCUGCAUCUGUUUCACUCUAGCAGCCGCAGCACUGAGAAACCCUAGAGAGGAACUUGCAGGAACCAUCCACCAUGACGUUCAAGCGCAGGAAUGGAGGUCGCAACAAGCACGGUCGCGGACAUGUCAAAUUCAUUCGUUGCUCCAACUGUGGCAAAUGUUGCCCUAAGGACAAGGCAAUCAAGAGGUUUCUCGUGAGGAACAUUGUUGAGCAGGCUGCAGUCAGAGAUGUGCAGGAGGCUUGUGUCUAUGAGCAAUACACACUUCCCAAACUGUAUGUGAAGAUGCAGUACUGUGUUUCGUGUGCUAUCCACUCUCAUGUUGUUAGGGUUCGAUCCCGCACUGACAGGAGGAAGCGUGAGCCUCCGCAGCGAUUCAUCAGACGCAGGGAUGAUGCACCAAGGCCUGGUCAGCCUGGUCAAGCACCUCGUCCUCCUGUUGCAGGAGCUCCUGUCCGAACCUAAGAGCAAAUACUAAGAAAUGUCUUGAUGUUUUUGCUGAAUUAAUUUUCUUUCUUGGUUAAUUUUGAAAAUCAGUUUUGUGGAGGGAUAUUUUGUUCUAAUUAUCUGCUUUAGUAGUUGGAUAAUAUCUUUCUGGUUAUAACUUCCCGGCGUUUAUGAUAGUGGAACCUGAUAUAUAUGAUGACUUUUAGUAAUUUGAACA